GCGCCCGCGUCACACAUGAUCUUAUUUCAGUGUUAAUCCCUUUUACGCAACUCUUUUGGAUUUUGCCGUUUUGGAUGCGACUUUUCUCCUUUUAAAUCCCACUCUUUUCAAGUGGCAACAGCCUCCCCCCCCCCCACACUUCUCGUCAUUUGUCCUUUUUGUUGUCUGUACGCGGCGAUACAGCGAGGGGGGAACCCGAAGCAACAGCUGUGGACUGGAUCUAAACUCCGCUCUAUGGAUUAGGACUCGCCCCCAGCUGUACUCGGACGUCUCUCUCUCUCUCUCUCUCUGCGCGAGCACCAAGAUGAAAUCUGCCGAGGAGGAGGCAUAUGGCUAUACGCCAAACGUCAGUCUCUCCCUCCCACUGGGCAACCCGUGUCUUCCCUCCCAGUACCACAGCCUCCAAUCCAGCCCCAUCAUAUCCGUCUCGGUCGCCGAGCCUCUCUGCUACGACGCCCACGACGACAUGAGGGCGGCCGGCUACUAUUCGUCGCCCCGUCCGAGCGGGGCCCCGGCGCUGGAGAGCCCUCGCAUCGAGAUUACCGCUUACGGCCAGUUUCCCGAGGAGGAGGUGGAGAAGAGCAACCUCCCCGUUGCCAAGCGACUCAACUCCAUAGUGACGUUGACCCUCCCCAGCGGCGACAGCUACCGCGACCCCAGCUGCCUGAGCCCCGCCAGCAGCAUCUCGUCCCGCAGCUGCCACUCGGACGCCUCCUCCUACGAAUCCAGCUUCUCCUACAACUACGACAACUCGCCCCAAAACUCACCCUGGCAGUCGCCUUCGGUGUCGCCCAAGGGCUCCACUCUCGCCCUGCCGGGCGACGGCGGCACCUCCGGCUGCUCGCCCCGCCACUCCCCCUCCAACUCGCCUCGCACGAGCGUGAGCGACGACACCUGGAUGGGCCAGCGGGGCUCCAGGCCCAACUCCCCGUGCGGCGCGAAGAGGAAGUACAGCUUCAACGGCAGCGGGGCGUCGCACAAACACUACCCGCACUCUCCCAACAUCUCCCCGGGGCGGUCCCCGCACACCUCUCCCCGCCUCAGUAUCACAGAGGAGAGCUGGCUGCCAAACACCAACCAGUACACCAACUCGGCCAUCUUGGCGGCCAUCAACGCCCUGACCACGGACGGGGUGGUUGACCUCGUGGAGGGAAUCCCCACCAAGGCCCGCAAAACCAGCUCGGAGCAAAGCCCCACCGUCAGCAUGAAGGUGGAGCCGGAGGGCGAGGAGCGCCGGGGGGAGCUCCGUCAGGAAGAUCACUCCUCCAACCGCCCGCCGUUAAAGAAGGAGGGCUGCAGUGGCGUGUUUCUGGAUGUGCCACAGCACCCAUACUCCUGGUCCAAGCCAAAGCAGUAUGUCAGCCCGUCCCUGCCCGCUCUCGACUGGCAGCUCCCGUCCAGCUCGGGGCCUUACAGCCUGCAGAUCGACGUGCAGCCAAAGUCCCACCACCGGGCGCACUACGAGACGGAGGGCAGCAGGGGAGCUGUCAAGGCCCUGGGAGGAGGACACCCGGUCGUUCAGCUCCACGGCUACACGGAGAGCGAGCCUCUGACCCUGCAGCUGUUCAUCGGCACGGCCGACGACCGGCUGCUGAGGCCCCACGCCUUCUACCAGGUGCACCGCAUCACCGGCAAGACGGUGUCCACGCCGAGCCACGAGGCCCUGCACAACAACAACACCAAGAUCCUGGAAAUCCCACUGCUGCCGGAGAACAACAUGCGGGCCGUAAUCGACUGCGCAGGGAUCUUGAAGUUGCGCAACUCGGACAUCGAGCUGAGGAAGGGGGAGACGGACAUCGGGCGCAAGAACACGCGCGUGAGGAUGGUGUUCAGAGCUCACAUCGGCCAGGCCACGGGGAGGACCUUGUCCUUGCAGGUUUCAUCCAACCCCAUCGAGUGCUCCCAGAGAUCCGCCCAGGAGCUGCCUCUGGUGGACAAGCGCAGCUUGGAGACGUGUCCUGCCCACGGGGGGGACAGGAUGAACAUCGACGGACACAACUUCCAGCACGACUCCAAAGUGGUGUUUGUGGAAAAGGCUCAAGAUGGUCACCACCUCUGGGAGACCGAGGCCAAGGUUGACAGAGACGCCUCGAAGCCUAACUCGCUACUCAUUGAAAUCCCUCCGUAUCGGAGCCAAAGACUCUCCGCUCCGGUCCACGUCAACUUCUACGUCUGCAAUGGCAAGAGGAAAAGAAGCCAGUACCAGCGCUUCACUUACGUCCCUGCCAGUGCGCCGACGAUAAAGAUGGAGCCACGCGACGACUUCGACGCCCCGCUGCUGUGCGGCCAGCGCGGCCUGUCCCUGCAGCCCAAGCCGUACUUCCCCCCGCAGGUCAUGACCCAGAUGAUGACCUCUGACCUCAGGCCGUGCCCGGUGGGCGGGCCUUACCCUGUCGGCGUGGAAGGCAAGCCCCCCCCUCUGCCGGCCUCGCCGUCUCCGAGCACCAGCCCCAAGCUGCACGACCUGUCGCCGCCGGCCUUCUCCGCGCUCCUCCCCGGCGCCCCCCAGCAAGUCCAACCCCCGGCCCCACGGGCGCCGACCUCUCACGUCUCCAUCAUCCAGGAGACACCCGGGCGCUACCAGCCGCCCGGCUUCUACCCUCCCAGCAGCUCCUCCUCCUCCUCCUCCCCCCCGACCUCGCAGCCCUCCACGCCGACGGACGGCCCUUUCUCUCCGGCCGUCUGCGUGACGCCGGUCCAGACGGGCGGCGGCGACGCCAGCCCGGCGGGGGCUCAGCAGCACCCCAAGGGGCCCCCGAGGGGGCGCGGUUCCCUCCAGGAGGACGGCAGCCCGCCGGCGCUGGCUGUCAACAUCAAACAGGAACCGCAGGAGCUGGACCAGAUGUACCUGGAUGAUGUCAAUGAAAUCAUCAGGAACGACCUGUCGAGCAUCUCCGUCCACAGCCACGCGUAGUUCCCCCCCCCCCCCCCCCCCCGUCCAUGACAAGACUGAAAAGGGAAACCCCAAACAAAAAGCUUUGACGUGGUGCUUGUCCUGCUCGGACUACAGCAGGCAGGAAGCAGCGAAAAAAACCAAAAGGAAAUGCAAAGAGAGGAAAUGUAAAUGUACUGUCCAGAUGACCCAGGUUCCAACGCGUGCCUUGUUUUUACAUGAAUAAUGCCUUUUAUGCAAAAGUGAUCCGAGGAAUAAAUCACAUGACUUUAGCAGCCACCCCAAGCCUCAAAGUGUGCUUUGAGAGGACCAAAACGGGAUUUUAUAUUUCUUCUUUUGGUGCAGUUUGUAAAUGAUUCAGUGCCUUUGGGUUAUGUCAUUUGUAAAUACAUCACCUGUAGUGCUGUUUUUUUUCCCCAUAUCUGGCUUUACAGAGAGACGGUUUAAACAUUUUUUUUUUUUUAAAGUGCCUUUUUGACUGGAAACGGAAGAAAGAUUUCAUCACAAUUGGAAAUUGGCUAUUGAGAGUGAGGCUGUAGCAACAAAACCUCUUAAUGUAUUGAAUUGAUCGAUCUAUUGUUUUUUUUCCUGAGUUCAACUUUUCCUUUUGUAAAAGGAAGUUUUUAUUUGAGUUAAUAUUGUUAGAAUUGAAUAUAUUUUCGGUAUUUGCAACCAAUAAUAAGCACUUAAUCACUAAACUUGCAGUAUCACUAGUAGUUUAUUCCAUAUAGGCGUCAUGUUGUAGUCACUUAGAGUCCAAAAACAAUGGCAAACCUUUUUUUUUACAAACCUCUAAUAGAAUUCUUAUUUCGUUGUGUACAGUCCAAAGAUCAACAGGAGAUCAUUGAGGUCGUGCUUUUUCUGUUGUCAUACUCAUCUCAGCCACGGAAGGUUGUGGUUAAAAUGGGACGUGUCAAACCAACCCAUGUGUACGGUUACACAAUUUAUUUACGUAAAAACUCCUGUGGAGGAAAAGAGGACAUUUCAGGCGAUUUAAGAUCACAGGGCAGUGGUGCCCUUUAGCCUCUUGUGUUCAUGAGUAUCUCAGAAACAAAAGCCGAAUGUCGGGAAACCAAAGAACAAAAAUAACCUCAACAAAAGAUUUUUCACAGAUGAAUAAAUAAAGAUGAGCUGCUGUUCGUGCAGAAACACAGUAGAGGAAACGGUUGAGAACUGACUUUAAAUAUAAAUCCAGAGUCAUUUACGCGUACAGACUGUAAAAUAACAGUACAAUGCAGUCAACUUUUGACUACAGUGAUAUCUGAUAAAUAAGGAAUCCAGCCUGGAAGCGAUGCAACAUGCUGGUAGUCUCUCAAAGGACGCAAGCGAGGCCUCUAACCCAAACAGCACUACAAAUAUAUGAACUCUUUUUAAUGUUUGUUUUUAUGUAUUAUCAUAUUUAUUGUCUUAGCAUGUGCUCUGUUUAUCCACGUUCAUCAUACAGCCUCUUUUACAUGGUUCCUUACAUAGUGUGGCGUAUCCACUCAUUUGUUUGUUCUCUUAAAGUAAAACUAAACGGGAACGUUGGCUCCCCGGGUUUUACGUGUAUUUAUGAGUCUUAAUCCUUGUAACUGAAGCCAUACUGGAAUGUUUACCGCACGGGUUGUUCUUGCUGUGGGACAACUAUAAUUCUGCUUUGUGAUCUAUUUUUGUGUAAUUGUCAAUAAAUAAGUCUUCAUCUCUU